AAUGAACAUGUCUACAAUGAUCACUGCUUUGGCGCUUUUGGCAGUCAGUGCAGUUUCUGGAAAAGACCCCGAAUGUCCUGCUUCCCAUCCCAACGCAUACAGUGACGGACGGUACUGUUGUAAAUCGAACAAGGAGAAGUACUACGGUCCACUUGGUAGCAAGUGUGAUGGCAGUGUGAUUCAGAGAGACAGUAAAUGCUGCGAGGGAGACCAGUACACGAGGUGUCGCAGUGGAAACUGCCAAAGUUACUCGGGAGAACCUCUCGAAUGUCCUGCUUCCCAUCCUAACGCAUACAGUAACGGACGGUACUGUUGUAAAUCGAACAAGGAGAAGUACUACGGUCCACAUGGUAGCAAGUGUGAUGGCAGUGUGAUUCAGAGAGACAGUGAAUGCUGCGAGGGAGACCAGCACACGACGUGUCCCAAUGGAAACUGCCAAAGUUACUCGGGAGAACCUCUCGAAUGUCCUGCUUCCCAUCCCAACGCAUACAGUAACGGACGGUACUGUUGUAAAUCGAACAAGGAGAAGUACUACGGUCCACAUGGUAGCAAGUGUGAUGGCAGUGUGAUUCAGAGAGACAGUGAAUGCUGCGAGGGAGACCAGCACACGACGUGUCCCAAUGGAAACUGCCAAAGUUACUCGGGAGAACCUCUCGAAUGUCCUGCUUCCCAUCCCUACGCCUACAGUGACGGACAGUACUGUUGUAAAUCGAACAAGGAAAAGUACUACGGUCCACAGGGUAGCAAGUGUGAUGGCAGUGUGAUUCAGAGAGACAGUAAAUGCUGCGAGGGAGACCAGUACAGGACGUGUCCCAAUGGAAACUGUGAGAACUACCAAGAGGUCUGUGGAUGUGACAACAUCAAUGGCGAUGACUACGAAGCUACUGACAUCGAAUACGACAUGGAUAAUAAAAUUGUUACUGCAGUUCGGCCUGAUUUCAUUGUUAAUAAGGAGUUGACAAAUAGAGGUAGCAGAGAUCUGGUAGUCCCAUUGUCCCAACAAGUUGAGGUUUGGAAGAUGAUGGAGUUCUCCCAUACUUCUGGUGCCACCGUCAAAGUAGGCACCUCAUUCAAUGUUGGAGUUCCAGGAUUAGGCGGUGUUGGUGUUUCUGCUGAAGUUAGCGGAUCAUAUUCGUUCAGUUCAGGGGAGCAAACAACUACAAAAAAAAUUAUAACGGUGAAGUUUUCGUGCACCGCUCCGCCUAAGAAGAGGGCGGUAUGCAAUGCUAUGAUGCGCAAGGACAAGGUUUCCAUUCCUUAUGUGAUGACAUGGACUCACAAAAGAUUGAACGGUUGCACUUGCACAGAAGAGGGAUUGUUUGAAGAAUUGGUGUCUAACAAUGUUGAAAUGGAUGUUCAAGAGUACGACCUCAACACGAAGAAAAUGAUUCGAACAAAGCGUGAGGAAAUCCUCGACCUCCAGACAAUUUGAGAAUUGCGACCGGAAGUGAGUAGAGACAGUGAGGAUUUCUGGAACGUUUGAGGACAAGAACAUAUUUAGAUUAGACGAUAAAAAGAUUAAAAGAUUAGAAGAUUUGAAGAUUAGAAGAUUAUAAGAUUUCAUUUGAAUUUUGAUCAAUUUUUCCUUCCUUU